AAAGCAUGAUCUACAGCGACCCAGUGUUCAACCAAAAGAACAACUACUUCAUGAGCCAGAACCAACGGUAUGAGGCCGCCGUUCGGAAGAGCGUUCAUUGCAAGAAGCUGAUGAAGCAAAAGGGCUGGAAGGAGGAAGGUCCUGAAAGGGGGUACAUGUACAGGGCCCUUGCAGGAGACACCGCGUUUAACAUCCACGCAGUCUUCCAGAGAGCCCUCCACAGCCUGGGUGCAGAGGAGCAAAUCAAGAAGUGGGGUCCCCUGACGGAAAACUUCCAGAUCAUUGUGACCUACGCGCAGACAGAAAUGGGACACGGGACGUACCUUCAAGGCCUGGAGACGACAGCCACCUACGACGCUUCCACCCAGGAGUUUGUACUCAACACGCCGUCGUUAUCUGCAACCAAGUGGUGGCCUGGAGACUGUGAGUAUCCAACCCCCACCCACUCCUGUGCCCCAGAGCCCUCGUCCUGUGCCAGGGCCAUUCUCCACAGGAGGGCGAACCAGGGCAAGGCG